UCAGAAAUUAAGCGGCUAAAUCAUCAAGAAAAGGAAAAACAAAAAGAAAAGGAAAAAGGGUUUUAGUGCAUCAUGGUGCAGCUGGCUUUUGGCUGUCACUUUACUCAAAAUUAAGCCAAUUUCUGGUGUUUUCUGCACUCCCUCAUACUCUCUCAGUCGGUGUGGUGUUGCGCUUUUGUAAUAUUGGCUGAUGUCCGGACAAAGAUCGAGUUGAAAGAGAGCCAAAGCUGUUGGUGUGUGUAUUUAUAUAGAGUCUGAGGAUACUAUACUGCUACUAUUACUAUAUGCAAUAAUAAGCUUGAGAAGUUAAGAGAGAGAAGAGCUAGUACUGAGGUAGAGAGAAGAAUGGCUGUUGAUCUGAGGCAAGUAAUGGCUGCUGUUCUUACAUUCUCCAUGUUCAUAAUGCUCGGAAACAUGAUCAAGAGAGACCACAUCGAUCCAUUUCUGGAACCGUUGCCGGUAUCACCUGAUGUCCAAUACCAUGCUCUCAAGGUCUCAAAACCAGGCAUGGUGAAAUUAAUUGAAACCAGAUAUGGUCCUUGGAUGGAAAACAACGAUUCCAUGAAUCCUUGCUGGACAACCCCCUUAUCAAAAGGGAAGGUGCAGUCCAAUGGUUACAUCUUUUUCUCAUUGACUCAUGGCCCUGAAUAUCAUGCUUCACAGUUGGCUAAUGCUGUGGCGGUAGCCAAGCAUCUUGGAGCAACACUUGCACUUCCAGAUAUUCGAGGAAGCAAACUGGGAGAGAAAAGACGCUUUGGAGAAAUAUAUGACGUCAACAACUUCAUAAGAAGCCUGAAUGGAGUAGUCCAAGUCGACAAGAAUCCACCUGCUGAAUUAUCAAAUGGGAGGCUCCCAAUUGUGAGGGUGCCCAACAGAGUUUCUGAGGACUUCAUAGCUUCGAAAGUUGAGCCCGUGUUUAAGAGCAAACGAAAUUUGAAGAUCGUUACUUAUUUCAAUCCAUCAGCUGUGACUAAAGCGAAAGUAGACAAGUCGCAAAAUGCAUAUCAGUGCCUGGCAAUGUUUGAAAGCCUCAAGUUGCAGACAGACUUACAGGAACUGGCUGAUUCAAUGGUCGGGACGCUGAGAAGCAUGAGCCAGAGCUCACGUGGCCGUUUUAUUGCAGUGGACUUGAGGGUUGAGAUGUUGGGGAAAAAGAGCUGCAGAGAGACUGAUGAAACGAGUAAACAGUGUCAGAACGCUGAAGAAAUCGGCGUGUUUCUUGAGAAGAUCGGGUUUCAUACAGACACAACUAUAUAUUUAACUCAGACGGGGUGGCAUAGCAGUCUGAAUGCACUGAGAGAUGUUUUCCCCAACACUUUUACUAAGGAAGCAAUAAUACCUGCUGAUGAGAAGGCGAAAUUUAUGGACUCAGAAAGUCAUGAAUAUGAAAAAUUCAUUGACUUCUACAUGUGCACAGUGGGAGAUGUCUUUGUUCCAGCCUUCAGGAGCAGAUUUUAUGCCAGCAUUGUCGGGAAGAGAAUUGGUGAUGGCAACACACAGAUACUUCUCCCAGCAAUGAACACUACUACUUCUGCAGCAGACUAUAUAUCCCCUUAUAUAGCUAAGAAAAGCCACUUUGCGUACUCAUGCUUCUGCUGAAAUCUUAAAUGAACUCUAAACUGUAUGUAUAAGGUUGUUGGCUGGGAUCCUCUGUCUAAGUAUAAAUAUUUUAUUUUCGCACUAUAAAUAAAACGCUCCAGAAGUUUCGUCUAUAAAUCCACUCUUCCAACAGUAAA